AAGUCCAUGAGGAAGUUCAUGAACCAGAGGAAGUCCAGGAAGAGGAGAAGCCGAGACCCAAACUCACUGCUCCUAAGAUCCCGGAAGGGGAGAAAGUAGACUUCGAUGACAUCCAGAAGAAGCGCCAGAACAAAGACCUCAUGGAGCUGCAGGCCCUCAUCGACAGCCACUUCGAAGCCCGGAAGAAGGAGGAAGAGGAGCUGAUUGCCCUCAAGGACAGGAUCGAGAAGCGCCGUGCAGAGAGGGCUGAGCAGCAGCGGAUCCGCGCCGAGAAGGAGCGGGAGCGCCAGAACAGGCUCGCGGAGGAAAAGGCCAGGAGAGAGGAGGAGGAUGCCAAGAGGAGGGCGGAGGACGACCUCAAGAAGAAGAAGGCCCUGUCCUCCAUGGGCGCCAACUACAGCAGCUACCUGGCCAAGGCCGACCAGAAGAGGGGCAAGAAGCAGACCGCGCGGGAGAUGAAGAAGAAGAUUCUGGCUGAGAGGCGCAAGCCCCUCAACAUCGACCACCUGAGCGAGGACAAGCUGAGGGACAAGGCCAAGGAGCUCUGGGAGACCCUGCACCAACUGGAGACGGACAAGUUCGAGUUUGGAGAGAAGCUAAAACGCCAGAAGUACGAUAUCACCAACCUCAGGAGCCGCAUCGACCAGGCCCAGAAGCACAGCAAGAAGGCUGGGGCCACGGCCAAAGGCAAGGUCGGUGGGCGCUGGAAGUAAAGGAGCCGCAGCGGCCCCCCGAGGCAGAGACCCUUGGCCCUUGCCUGCUGCUGGGUCUGUCUGUGUUCCAGCUUCCAUGCCAAGACUCCUUCUGGGGCUCCUGGAUGGUCCUGCGGGCCGAGGGGCUGCUCCGGAGCACCCUCAGUGUCUCUGUCCUCCCUGCCCCCAUCCUCCGGGAUCCAUAAAUAAAGCUAGUGGACCCCCUUC